AUGUCCGGACAUAAGAGAAGAUAUAAUGUACGCUUCCCUCCCAGUCGCAUUAAAAAGAUCAUGCAGAAGGACGCAGAGGUGGGGAGGAUUGCUGUGGCGGUUCCUGUGAUCAUCUCUCGAGCUCUGGAAAUGUUCCUGAAGUCUCUGCUCACCAAAACCUGUCUGAUAACUCAGUCGAAGCGCAGCGCCGUCGUGUCCGUCGCUCACAUGAAGCAGUGCAUCGAGUUUGAGAAGCUCUUCCACUUCCUCAGAGACCUGGUAGAGCGAGCUUCGUCUUCGGCCGGCCAGAAGGACGACAGAGGGAUGAGCAUGUGGCCGACGUUCAGGUCUAAACGACGCGACAUGUCUGUUAAAAAAGCUGCUGAAGUGGCAGAAAUCGCACCUCGACGGAGCCGCGACUCACUGGACAACGACUCCAGCUCCGGUGAGUCGGAGCUCUUCAUCUGCUUGUGA